AUGAACGGGCUGGGGAUCUCGCCGAAGAAUGUGUCGCUGGGGGAAGCGGAGAAGCUCCCCGAGCGGCGACUGUGGGUGACCAGCGCCCUGGCCAGCGUGCUCAUCUUCACCAUCGUGGUGGACCUUGUGGGCAACUCGCUGGUCAUCGUCUCCGUGUUGAGGAACAAGAAGCUGCGAAAUGCAGGUAAUGCCUUUGUGGUGAGUCUUGCCAUUGCUGAUCUUGUCGUGGCGAUCUACCCGUUUCCCCUCAUUCUAACAGCAAUACUUCACAAUGGAUGGGUGCAUGGCUACAUCCACUGUCAAAUGAGUGGGUUCCUCAUGGGGCUGAGUGUGAUCGGCUCCAUUUUUAACAUCGCCGGCAUUGCAAUCAACAGAUAUUGUUACAUCUGCCAUGGUAUGAAAUACAACAAGAUCUUCAGCCACCGAAGCACCCUCUGCUAUGUGUUACUGGUCUGGAUGUUUGCGUGUUUAGCGAUCAUUCCCAAUCUCUUUGUAGAGUCGCUGCAGUAUGAUCGCCGGAUAUACUCCUGCACUUUCGUUCAGUCAGUCAGUUCUCUUUACACUGUGACCGUGGUAGUCAUUCACUUCAUUCUGCCGAUCAGCAUCGUCUCAUAUUGCUACCUACAUAUCUGGAUCUUUGUCAUCCGGGUCAAGAGGAGAGUUAAACCCGAAAACCGAUCCAGAAUAAACCCCCACGACUUCAGGAACUUCCUGACGAUGUUUGUGGUGCUCGUGCUCUUUGCCAUUUGCUGGGCGCCGUUGAACUUCAUCGGCCUGGGAGUGGCGGUUAAUCCAAAGUUGGCAAAGUUGAUACCAGAGUGGCUUUUCGUCGCCAGCUAUUUCAUGGCAUACUUCAACAGCUGUUUGAAUGCUAUAGUGUACGGUGUUUUAAAUCACAACUUCAGAAGGGAGUAUAAACAAAUAAUAAUAGAAAUUAUCAAUCUGUUUUGUUAAGAUAACAUGCUGCUGUUCAGAAUGCAACAUGGAGAAU